UGAGUGUCCUCAAGUAUGGCGGUGGAUGCUCCGAUAUGUCGUACCGUAGCAGUUGUCUUGCUCCUGUGUUCCUUGGUGCCGAGUUUCAGCUGUUUCCCGCAGAAGAGCCUUGGUAAAUUUGUCCCAUGGCAAUUAGCUAGCGAGAAGCUCGGAGUAAGAAAGGGGAAGAUUCUCUUCAAUGGGAAAGAACUGAACUCCUUGUCAGAAUCUGAUGCUUCGGGAACGUGGGAGGAGGCAUCACGGUCCGACGAGCUCAGAGAAGUUGAAGCAGCAUGGCGGCUCACAAAUCCCUCAUUGCGAUGUGGUCCUACAAAAAUGACAUUAAAAGUCAUGGGCCGUGGAGCUGUGAACUUGGAACUCGACCUGGGCUCUGGGCGUUCCCUACCUCUAAGCCAGAUGCCGGAAUCUUGUGGCCAUUCGCUCCAUCAGAAUUCUCUUGGCCUUGUCUUAGUUGUUUCAUAUGGUGGCUGCAAAGUGAUGCGAGAGAAUGGAUAUCAUGUUCUACCAAUGAGCUUCAUGGAGACUUCCGUUACACUCGCCUGCCCCGUGUUCCCACCCUUGACCCCGCCGCAUCCCAUCCCUCUAAUUGCCCGAAACGUCGACCGCUCCAAGCGUGACGAGGACGAGCCCGCAUCUGACGAGAACCUUCACCUUCGAUACCAGCACUAUCAUAACUAUUUAAAGUACCUGUACUACUUGCAUAUCCUAAAGAAUCCCCACAUGUAUCCUUUUGUACAUCGCCCUUACAAUCCCCUGUACCAAAACCCGCAUCUUGUUUCUCACGCCUAUCCGCAUAUUCCAGUGCAUCAUCCACUUUAUGCUCACUAUCCACAGAACCCCGCGGCCCCCUAUUGCCACCCACCCGGGGCCCUUUGUCCUUUGCCCCAUUAUCUCUAUCCCCAUCCUCAAGCACUCCAAAAUAGGGAAAUACUAAUGGACGCCAACCGCGGUCCAGAAACCUUAACAACGCCGCCCUCUCCGACCGGCGAUCCCGCAACCACUGCAGCUACUACUACUACUACAACAACCACUGCAACUACUACAACUAGAAAACCUUGUAGACGCAUCAUCCCCACUACUACGGUUAGUCCUACGGCUGCUGCUACUACAACCAAACGACGGUGUCGACCCAGAACCCAUCCGGAGAAUAAGCACUUCACCCCUUAUGCCACCAACCCCUUCGCACAAGAAAUCUCGUACGACGAAGGCGCUCCAAUUGGAGGCAACCCUAAGAGUUCCCCUCUUGCUGGCUACAAAUCUGGACCACUCCAGAGCUACCAGUACUGGCCACAGGAGCCCUGGUUUUCCCAAGAGGAGGAUAAAGACAUCCCCUUUGACUGGGAUGAUCUUUAACCAUAGCCCUGGGGACUGGCAUUCAAUAAACGUUUUAAGGAAAAGUU